CCUAAUUAGCAUAGCAAUGGCUACCACUUUCAUAAUGAUAAAAUAUUACAGUCAAGUACCCAAAGAAAUGUAUUAAACUUCUGAUAAGAAAUGGGGUUAAAUAUGAUACUUUCGGUUGAGCUUUUCAGGCACUGUUAUACGAGUAAAGGCAGCUAUUAGAUCUAGAUUUUAAGGUACAUGACAUCAUGUUACAUGUAAAUCUAGAUAGACUGUAGGAGUGUAGGGUAGCUAGACCGUACGUAGACGAAGGAGUCGCAUCGCAAUGACUUGACUCUUGAUGAGUUUUGCAAUCAUGAAAGGAAAAAGCUAAACAAAGGCCAUCAUCAGGCUAUUUUUUUUCAUAUAUUUUAUUUAUAUUCAAAAGUAGUGCAGAUCUUGCUAUGAAUGCAAACUAAAAAUCCUGACAUAAAUAACAUGCAGCUUCAAAUAUGUAUAUUUUACCAUGGGAAAAUAUUUUCCUCGACAGUUCAAGACUUCACGGUUUCACUCAUUAAGGACAAUGAGACUGCGCGUUAUGAGUGAUCCAGAUAAAAGUAUCCCCAGAUCUGGGCACUGUAAUGGAGAGGCCAGAAAUUUAGCCAGCAUUGACUUUGAGGAUGUAGAAGCUUUAAAAAAUCAAAUGAAAGUCAAAUCAAAGAUAUCCCUUGUAGAAACACUUGGAGAUUCAUCUUUACGGGAAGAUGAGCACACAAUUCCUUAUUCUCAUGCUAAUUCAUUUCUUCAGCAAGAGGCUUUUGUUAUAAGUUUAGUUAAAUCAAAAGACUGCAGUGAUGAUGUGGAAGCAACACUGUCUCUAUCCAGCGAUAAAACAUUAGACUUUGAACAUGCUGAUAAUUCACUGAGGACUUUAGAAGAUAGUAUGGGUAAAUUCAGUAUAAAAAAUGAACAAACCAUUUCAAGCAAUGGUUGUACAGCUCCAGUUGAUGAAGAAACUGUGGGCUGCACCAGCCAUUGUAACUCCCAGUUUAACUAUGUGAUGUCCUCACCAAAAUUCACUGAUGAUCUGCCAGUUGAACUGGGUAAAAGUGCAAGAUUCUCUAAAGUGUUAGAAAACAUCUCAUUACCUUUGUUAUACAUCCCAACCACAAGACAGCUUGUUAAAAGUAAUGAUGUUUCCUCUAAUCACACAGACUUGCCAAUUGUACAUACAGAUUUUAAACAUUUAUGUGUACCGGAUAAAGAUUAUUCAUGCAAUGAAUCAGAAUCUGCAAGUUCCAACCAAGAUCUGUCAUGCAGUGAAUUGUUAAGUCCUCGUUCUCCAAUGCACAAAGCAUACAGUGCCCAAGAGUUUCACUACUCUGCAGACAGUGAUAGAUAUACAUUGCACAGUGUAGAUAGUUUUCCUGGAUUCCAACACAACUUUGAGCCCAGUCACUAUUUAUUUGCAGAUAAUUCUAGUCUAUCCAGUGUAAGCACUGGCACCGACUUUUCUGUGUCUGCUGUUUCAGUUGGUGAAGAGUUUACAGUAGAUUCAAAAAACAUUUCAGAUGAGGCACUUUUCAUGGACAUUAACCUGCACUCCAGGAAUUCUUUUGAUAAAGGUGGAAAUUCAUCUUCGCUGGAUAGUGGAUAUGGAGAAAAGAAAGCACCCCAGUUUCAGGCAGCUAAAAAAAAGUCAUUUACUAGUUUAAAAAAUUUGUUUUCUAAAAGAGCCAAAGAGGAUAGUCUCCCAGGCUGGAAGUUAUUUGGAAGGAUACCGCCUAAAGAUGUAACUCCACGCAAUCCUCAUGAGAUCACAUCAGAAUUUCAAGCUCGGCAGUCUAAAAUAGAAAAACCAUCAUUUCCAGCCAAAAAACAAUGUUCAGAAGUCAUGUCCACUACUGCCUUAAUAUUAGAGAAUAGGCCUGGAAAUCUCCCUUCUAAGAGUCCAGAAGAAGCUGAAAAACACAGGCAGCAAUAUGAAGCCAUGAUAGAAGCAGCAAAAAAGAAAGAAUUGAAGGAUAUGAAGCAAAAGAAAAAACAGCUCCUUCAGCAGAGAAAACUUGAGGAUCAGAUGAUGGCUGCAGCAAAAAUUUGGGAUACUGAAAUUUUACCUAACUGGGAGGCCAUGAGACAUAGUAAAAAGGCCAAAGAUUUGUGGUGGUUGGGCUUGCCACCUUGUGUGAGAGGAAAAGUCUGGCAGUUAGCUAUUGGCAAUGAUCUGAAUAUUACACAUGCACUGUAUAGUAUUUGUCAUGAGAGAGCUGAAGAAAGAAUCACUUUUAUUAGAGAUGAAACUCAAGGUAGUUUAACUUUGGAUGGGUCAACUGUGCAACAAGAACCAUCCAACAAAGAGUCCAGUGUUAGAGUGAUCAAACUUGAUGUCUCUAGAACAUUCCCACAUCUCUGCAUUUUCCAAAAAGGAGGUCCACUGUAUGACCUACUUCACAGUCUACUUGGUGCUUAUGCUUGUUACAGACCUGAUGUUGGAUAUGUGCAGGGUAUGUCAUUUAUUGCCGCAAUUUUAUUACUUAAUAUGGAUGUUGCUGAUGCCUUUGUUUGUUUUGCCAACUUGCUCAACCGGCCUUGUCAAUUGGCUUUUUUCCGGAUGGAUGAAAAUUUGAUGACAGCAUAUUAUAGAACUUUUGAGGAAUUCUUUAAAGAAAACUUGCCCAGACUUUAUGCUCAUUUCAUUUGUUUAAGUGUCACUCCAAACCUAUAUCUUAUGGAAUGGGUGUUCCUGUUGUACAGUAAAUCUCUUCCACUCGAUGUGGCAUGCAGAGUUUGGGAUGUAUUUUUCAGAGAUGGAGAAGAAUUUUUAUUUAGAACAGCUCUUGCAAUCUUGAAUAUUUAUGAGAGCAUCUUACUGAAGAUGGACUUUAUUCAUGUAGCUCAGUUCUUGACCAAACUGCCUGAAGACAUUUGUGUUGAUCACUUGUUUAAGGAAGUGGAAAACAUCAGAAUGCACAUUGACAAGAAAGGAUUUCAGGCUGUGUAUGCAAUGUUUAAAGAGCCCCAUGAGGGUGUUUCUUAGCAUCAAGAAUAAUGUGGUGUACAGUUUCAUUGUCCUUUUGAGUGUAGAGUUGAAAUAUUUUGUAGCAUGCAUUGGUCAGUUUUGCCACUAAUAUUAUGCAGUGGUCAGUUUUGCCACUCAUUUUAAUGUCUUUGUAUGAAGCAAUAUUUUUUUUUCCCAUUAUUUUGCUAAAGUGCCAGAGAAACUGAUGUUUGUACCAUUCAAUUAGAAUUAUGCCUUCUUCUAAAUGGCCAGCCAUGCAAAACAGAUGAUUAUGAAUAAUGUAGAGCAUUUGAUCAAAUAAUAAUUUCAUUUAUGAAUAGAAUUGAUUCAUUCAGUUUGAAACCAUCUUUCAUUAACUGAAGUUAUUUAUAUGCAAGGUUUGUUGUUUGUUUUUUUUUGCUGUUUGUGAUUUAAGAAAAAUAGAAGAAUAAGGUUAUUGAAACUUGUCUCAACUGUCAGAAUAGAUUUGAAUAUAAGUUUUAUUCCAAAAUGUCUACAUACUUCAGUUGUUUUAAACCAUUUCAAAGUAAUUCCAGUGUACAAAAAAUAUUUGAUUAUCAAAUUAUUAACUAUUACUUAAAUCAGUGAGAUUCUUAAUCUACAAGUUCAUAUUUUAUCAUAAUCCCUAAUCUUAUAAAUGUAAAUAGGAAAAUUGAAGAUUUUUCUAACUAGUCUUCAGGCAACUUCAGACAUGAUUCAUUCAAAACAGCACUAACAGCCUCCCAUUACAAAAAUAAAGUUUGCCAAAGAUUUUUAGUCUCGAGUCAAAUGUUGGCAUUACUUUUUACUAUGUCUUUUUAAUACAUUUGGCGACAUAAGAUUUCUAUCCAACCAAUUAUUGUUUCUCUGUCUAGCAUUUGGAAAUUUCCUUUGCUGAAUUUUUUUUCUUGUAUCUGAGAAAUAUAAGUACUUUAGCUGGAUGCACUAAGUCUUUCAUGUACAAACUGACUCAUUGUCAAUGCAUUGCUGCAUAAAGUUUAUUCACAAGAUGCUCUGAAUUUUAUUUUCUUAACAUAAUAAGUUGAAUAAAAUUGAUUUGCAUCCUAACAUUAUGAAAUGCUGUGAUCUGUCUUGGAAAUGUUCAUUAUUUAAAAAAAAAACAUCUGUAUUUAAAAAUAUAUUCAGCUAGUGAAUUUUGUAGUAUCUAGAGUAUAAUACAUGAUUUACCAUUCAUAUGAUUUUGCGGUUUAUGCAAAUACAUUGUACAAGACAUCUUCACUAAGUCUACAAAUAUUUGUUUGUUACCGAACAGCAAGAAGGUUUCCUGUUUUUGUUUUGUUGCUGUUUUUAGUUUUUUAAAAUUCUUUUGAAAAGAAUAAUUCAUGUAAUUUUCAUGAUUGAUCUAGAUUGUUCUAUUAUGUUAAGCUAGUUUCAAUCUUUGUUGAUUGUUAUGUUGAAUCACACUUGUCCCUCGAUUCUACUUAUAUUUUUUUUUUACUUAAUUUAUGUGUGAGUGUGUUAAAGCUAACAUAAAUUCUACCAUAAGUUUUAUUGUAAUUAAAGAUAAUUAACAGUGCAGGCAUUUCUCAUCAUUAAAAUGUAGUAUUACUUAACUCUUAAGCAUAUUUUACUAAAUCUUUAUUAGAAUCGAAAGAGUUCAAAAACAAAAACAAAAAAAGACAAAAGCGGACUGUCAGCAUCACCAUUCUGUAGUUAACAAGAUCAGUAGUUGAUUUUGAAUUCCACGUCCUCAUUAAUUGCAAUAUUUACAUAAUGAUUUCUUCUAAACUCAAAUUUCAAAUAAUAAAAUAUAUAUACAUAGAUUUAUAUAAAUGUUAACAUUAUAGUGAUGUAAUUAUUGUGUUAAAUAGAAACUAAAUACUAUUGUAGGCCUACUUAGUAGAAUGGUGUGGAUCAAACUAAAUGUCCAUAGCAGUCUAAUAUAUUUUCCACACACAAGUGCAUUACCUUACCUAUUUUCUUAAAUAAAUAUAGAGUAUAGAAAUUUUAUAUCAAACAACUCCCAACAGCCUAUAUUGUCUGCGUAAUUCCAAAGCUGAGAUGCCUUGAGAUGUGUCCACCUAAACAAUUAAAACAGCUUCAAAUAUUUUCAUUACAAACUAAAGAAUUUUUUUUAUGUAUAAAUUUGUCUCCAAAACACAGUUUUUUUAGGCUGUAAAUUUGUACAGAAAUAUUAUAAAAAUAAAAUUAAAAAAAAAAUGUGUGCAGAAUUCUGUCUGUACUUCUGUAAGUCUUAUUCAUCUUUCAAUACUAUUCUUAUGGAAGAUAAUGACAAACUAUGCUUACACAUAUAAUGCUUAAAUUCAGUUGACCUCUCUACUAAACUUAACCUAAUUUGUAGUCAACACAAAUAAAGUAUAUUUAUGUCAAUAAUUGAACAUCUACAAACAAAAUGUGCUUGAUAAAUUCCACUUUGUCCAUUCCAUUGCAAAACAGUUCCCUCAUAUAUUGUCUAGACCUUUUUUUGUUGUUUCAAUAAAUUCCUUAAACAAGAUGCUAAUGUUGCUAAGAAUUGGUUUCAUUAAAUGAGGAAAUAAACUGUUGCUUAGAGAGUAGAUUCCAAUAAUGUUUCCAAAAUAUAAAAAGACUUUAUAUACUACUAAUGUCCCUCAUAUAAAAUGAAAUGUGCAGAAAUAUUUUCAUAUCUUUUAUUCAAACUGAAAAGCACCAUUCAAUGCAAAGCAAUAUGAUGUGAUAUUUUCAACAAACAUUUAUUUACAUAUAUGAAAUCUCCCAAGUUGCUAAUAUUUUGGUUCAUCACUACAAUUAUUUUUUGUUCUUUCUGUAAUCUACAUCAUGAUAUUAAACCAUUCAUUUGUGAAUCAUUCUUUUUUUGUAAUAAAAUUUGAUAUUACACAAUUCUUUGUAAUCUACCUUACAUAGUUUUCAUAUACCAACAACAAAGAAUUGAUAUAUUUUUAUUUAGUUUCAUAUACUUCUAUAUAAAGUUUCAUUAGAUCACCAUAUAAAAUUAUAAAUAAUUCUAUAGUCUACUCAUAAACAUCAUGUUCUUGUAAUUGAAGUCAACUUUUCUCUCUUAAUUAAGCAAAGAUUCCCCUAGAGUCAAUUUUUUAAAUUCCCAAAUAUCCCUUUCCCCAAUCCCCUAAACCCACAUACAAUUUUUUUUUCAGUCAAUUUUUUAAAUCUAGUUCACUGUUUACUAGUAUAAAGAACAAAACAGUGUUUCAAGUAUUCUCAGCUGAUUGUCAACAGGUACAGCUUCAGAAACACUUAGAGGAAUGUAUUCUUUUCAUUUUCUUUUGAGAAUCAGUAAAAUCAUUUUAUCUUUAUAAUGAAGAUCCAAGUCUCAAUGGAGUGAGGAUUUGACAUUAAUAAGUACCAGAUAGUGGUUUACUAUUCAUGAUCAGACUAAUGGGUUCAAUUAAGAUCAUGUCUAGAAGUACUUGAGGUUCUCGAAACUUGUAAGAUCUGACACAAAUAAUUUGUAAAUAGACAUUCACAUUAUAACAUCAGUAGAUGGAUUUUUUUUGGCCAGUUUAUUAUUAUGAUACCAGCCAUUGUAAAUCUAGCUGGAAUUAAAAUGAAAAAAAAUGUUUCAAAGCCAGUACAAUGACAUGAGAAGAUAAUUUUUGUUUUAAUCUUGCUUGUUGCUAAAGUGUAAAUGAAAUGUGAUCAGGGAUUAUAGUAACAACACACUAUAGUUAAUAAGCCGGAUCAUUUUUGAAACAAAAAUUCUUAAUUUUAUAAUGUAUAUUUGUAGUUUUGUUUUGUUUGUUCAUCAAGUGCUACCCUAUAUGUUUCAUAACUAUUUUUAUAUUAACCUAUUCUUUUUGUGGAUUUGUGGAAUAGUUUGUAGGAACACCUUAGUAGAAAAUGUUUCUCAGAGUUUGCAAAAACAUCCACCACAAUCCCCCCCCCCCCCUCCAAUGACAAAUAUUUAUUUUAGAUUCAGCCAAAAAUCAAGUUUAUUUGUAAUCCUUUUUUAUGUUCAACUUCUUUUUUAGUUGAUUGUAGUUCUAUUUCUGGUUCCUAUUCACAAGUUAAGCUUGUUAUUUUAUACAAAUAUUUCUAUGAAUAACUUAAUGAUAUUACUAGUACAACACCUUCAAAACACAUCACCCUUAAAGUUUCAUAAUUAAAAAGAUACUUUAUUGUGUAGGUGUGAAAGUAUGUUGUGUAUUUUGUUAUUGUUUUCAAGUAUUUAUUUAUAAAGUUGAUUUCAAAAGACAUUAGUUGUACAAAUAAAACAAAGCUAUCGUUGCAUGGUUUCUUCAAAUUUUCAUUUCCUCUUGUUAUUGUGCUAUCCAUUUCAACUGAUGAAUUUAUGCAUCAAGUUAAUAAAAGUAUUGGAAUACAAUUA